AUGUUGGACGCCAGAUAUUGUUCUGGUUUCAACGACGAUGAAAUAUCAAAGCUUGGCUCUCAUAUUAGUAAAUUUAUGUGCGAGGGCUUUGAAUUUCCUAAAUUUCUUCGUGGUAUGGACAAUUUGGUUCUUCAUGUUGGUGGAUACUCAUUUCAUCAGCAUGUGGAGGAGAAUUGGGAUGAAAUGCUCAAUGAUUUGCACGAUGCGUUCAAUGAUUUGGGCGACAAGGAAUGA